CGGUAAGCCAGCGGACUAUAGUACUAUCAAGAGACCUUGCAAGCAAGGUAAUGUGUUCAGGACCCUUACAUAACUGUCCUACCUACUGUACACUGUAAGGCAAACGAUCAUGGAUGUUUGUGUAAGUCAUGCGGAGUGGGGGAUACGUUCAAUCACACGUUCAAUCACUCAUGGCCGCACCUUACAUCUUCGCGUCCACGAUGCCUUAUCCCGUCCAGGGCACUGAUUAUGCUCAAAGCAUGAUAGAUGCUGUUCCGGAGACUUGUAUAAAGCUACCGAACACACUUUAUCUGAUUUCUGGCUCGUUCAAUGUUAUAUUUUUGUACAUUCUAGCAUUCAACACACAGACUCGUCAACUGAAUGUCAUAGGGAGAACAGAUGCUUUCGGACCACACCAAUAUCUCACGAGGAACACCGCGAUCGAUAGACUGUACACAACAACGUGGGCAUGGCCGCCUACCUUAAGUUCAUGGCUCAUAAACUGGAAUGAAUGGGAUGCAUAUGAACGAUACCCAACGUUGGAGCAUCUAAACAUUGUUCCUAUCACUUCGACAUCUUCGUACAUCACCCUAACAGAUUCGCACAUAUAUUCUGUUGGAGGACCAACGGGGGAAGUCCACCAAAUAGACCCUAGUAGCAAGGGAUUCGGGGAGAUGGCACAGCAACUGCUGUAUGUUGAUCCUGACGAGCUUCCAUCCGAGGACAAGACGAGGAGCGCCCUGAGAAAUGGUUCCCAUGCGGUAGAGUUCACUACCGCGGGCUUUGCUUUCGUUCCGCAUCUCGGUCGAAACUCAAUAUGGAUGUACAAAUUGGACCGGCUGUCGGGAAAGCUGACGUUCCUGAGUGAGAACAAAUCACCGCGCGAAGGAGACGCCCCUAGGCACGUCAUUCCGUCUUCUAAUGAGAAAUAUCUGUAUUCUGUUACUGAACACACUUCAUUCGUGGAUGUGUACGAGAUAGCGGAUGACCAUCUUGAGCACCGCCAAUCAGCUAGCAUCCUCCCUCCAGGCUCAGACCAACACAAUUACAGAGGUGACACCCUGCGGCUAUCUCGAAAACAUUUCCCCCUUCGUCCUCCGGAACAGGAUAUACAAUGGUCCGAAGAGCAGGAACCCGUGUCGUACCUAUUCGCAACAACUCGCGGUGCUACAUCGGAAUACAAAGGAUACCUCGCUGCAUUUGCCAUAUCUUCGGAUGGACUCAUCCUAAACCCCUCUGAUCAAUUCUCUCACUUACCCUUGCCGCAUAUAUUUCAAACACCCACUUCGGGCGGAAAAGCCAACGCAAUUGAGCUAGCGCCAUAUAAAAUUUCCAGUCGCUCGACGCCAGGAAGCGAUGAUGCGGAAUGGAUAGUCCUUACGGAUAGCGAAGAAGGAUGGAUCUUUAUUGUUGAGUGGAGUGGAAAGAGGGGAAGCUUCGAGAUUAUCAGCAGUGUGCUGUUGGAGGUUGGCGUAGAUGGAGAUUGGAAUAAGAGGGCAUUAGCUAGCCAUGCUAUUUGGUUAGCUUAGGAAUGCUUUGGGUGCGGGGCAGGGCUGGUGUUUACUCCAUUCUUCACAACUUCCUUUCAACAGUUAUGGUUUUUCUGUAUCGAAGGUCCACUUUGUUUCGGGCACUGAUCCUGCACGGUCAGAGUCAGUUCUCCUUGUUUCUCGGCUAUGAUAUAGUUUAUUCAGCUGUCGAGGAAAAUCAGGAGUCAAGUGCUUUCGCCACCCCCGGAAGCAAGGUUUACUCCACAGCCGGUCAGUGGCAUCGCCAGCGGACAACAGUACACUUAUAGCACUCACCACGGACUCAUAAGGGACCGGAAAUGAAAGCCGAAGCUGAUGGACGCGAUUAGCUCGGCGGCUGCACAAGGGACAGAUGGACCUCAAAAGGACAUUCUGG